GACGGAAAUUGCUGCAAGUGCUCAUGGCAGUAGGAGUAGUAUUGCGGUAAAUCAGUUUUAUAAGCCUUACAGUGGGACUAUUUAACAUUGACCUAUUACUGUCAAACCCGUAACCAUUGGUCUGCUAGUGUUGUCUGUAAUAUGAGCAAAUACAUUCUCCCCGUGUCAGUGUUUGGCACGGCGUUUGGCUGUGCGGUUCUCCUUCAGAAUUAUGUUACUGGGGGUCCAUGUCCAUCUAAAGCCAAGAUCCCUGGGAAGACCAUUGUCAUCACAGGUGCUAACACAGGCAUUGGCAAGGAGACUGCCCGGGAGUUGGCCAGGAGAGGUGGCAGGAUUAUUAUGGGAUGUCGUGACAUGGAGAAGUGUGAAGCAGCAGCUCGUGAGAUCAGAGGAAAGACACUGAACAAACAUGUGUAUGCCAGACACAUUGACCUCGCCUCCAUCAAAUCUAUAAAGGCUUUUGUCCAAAAGAUCAAGGAGGAGGAGGAACAUGUGGAUGUGUUAAUAAAUAAUGCAGGAGUAAUGCGCUGUCCGGCAUGGAAGACAGAAGAUGGAUUUGACAUGCAGUUUGGGGUCAACUAUCUCGGUCACUUCCUGUUGACCAAUCUCCUACUGGAUAAGCUGAAAGCAUCCACCCCUAGCAGGAUCAUUAACCUGUCAUCUGUGGCUCAUGUCACUGGGGAGGUGGACUUCGAUGACCUGAACUGGGACUGCCGAAAGUUUGACACGAGGAAAGCAUACAGCCAGAGCAAACUUGCUAUUGUACUCUUCACACGAGAGCUUGCUAAGAGAUUAGAGGGUACUGGUGUUACUGUCAAUGCCUUACAUCCAGGAGUAGUUGGCACAGACUUGGGGAGACACACCGGCAUGCACCAGUCACAGCUUUCCAGCACAGUGCUUUCACCGUUUUUCUACUUGUUUGUGAAGUCUCCCACACUUGGGGCUCAGUCUAGUGUCUACCUAGCCGUUGCUAAGGAGUUGGAGGGUAUUUCUGGCCGUUACUAUGAUGUGAUGACUGAGAAGGAUCCGGCCCCACAGGCACUUGAUGAGAGAAUGUCUGAGCGACUGUGGAAUGCCAGUGUCACACUGCUGGGACUCAACGGACAAACAGUCUCACAUGCACAUCCUACGUCUCAGAGUGCCAUAGCAACAGUGUCUCCUGAACUCACAAAGACAAAUCCAGUCUUUACCACCACAACAUCUGAGCCAGUCAAAUCGACAUGUUUGGACAAGCCCUAAUCCAGUUUGAACUCAGGAGCAUUCUCACAUUGUGGAAAUGUACUACACAUAUCACACCAAAAUAAAUAUGGUCUUCAUCAUCACUAUAUGUUAACUCUAAGUCAAACCCUCCAUAAGGGCUUACUAUAGGUGCAGUCUGUAACUCUAAUCAAAUACACUUUUUGUCAAAUUCAGGGAAUUCAUCUUCUUUAAGAUGAAUGUGUGAAUCAAUGUAAUAUCCUGGAGGCUAAAAUCAACAUUUUUGCUAGGCUGUAGAGAGAUUGUGAUUUUUUAACCAUCUUACCAAACUCCACUGCAAAUUGCUUCUCCUGGAAUGUCUUAAUUAUGACUGCUGCUGCUGAAAUUUAACAUGCCGUAUCACUGGCACAGUAUUUGCAUUGCACACACCAUUUAUUACAAUUACACCAAUAGGGGGCACUGCAACUUUCAUAUUUUAAUACCUGCUUGGUGUCCUAUGAUCACUGUUUGUGGUGUAGGUGCUCUAAACACACACAAACACUCAC